AUGCUGUAUCCUAUGUAAAAACGUCCCCACGCCAUAGUCAAGAUGGGAAAUCUGCAACACAAAUCUCCAAGCUUUGGGAGUUCUGCAUGACAAGUUUCCAUCUGCAGUGUAGUGCUGGUUAGCAACGGAAGCCGCAUGAAAAAGCCAUUUGCUCAUCCUGAUUACAGCAUUACAAAUUCCAAAACACAACUGGAAAUGCCUCUCAAGGAGAUGCGCAUUACAAAUGUUCCUGUCAUUGCACAUUUGCAUGACAACUCUGGGGUGGGAACGUUUUUACACAGGAUAUGCUGCUGGCCACGCCGGAGUGCCAGCUCGAGGCCGCGUGCCCCCAGGUGCUCACGUGGCAGACCCGCCGGUCGGAGCCGGGCGUGGUGAUAUCAAAGUGAAAAAUCCCCCCUCCCCAUAUCAAAGCCGAAAUCUGUGAUGCGGGAUUUGUGUACACAAAUCUAGCAGUAGAGGACUGCAGGCAGAUGCAGCGCCUGAGUAGGGGCGUUUUGCUGUAGGCACUUAGCAAGGCAGGCAUAUCCUCUGUAGGCGAUACAGCAUCACAAAGCCCUGCGAAACGCGGCCGAUUCUCUGGCUUUGCCCUCUUGCAAUACAGGGACGAUUUGUGGUUACAAAUCAGCAUCGCAAACUUUCAGCAGUGCCCCUUUUUGGUACGGGGAGGGGGGAUUUUUCAUCACAAUAGGCGGCCUGUGCGCUGCUGGGCGAUCCACUGAAUAAGGUAAGCACGAUAUCCCACAAAAAAACUGUUUCACUGUGAUGAUCUUGCAAGAUCUGCGUCACAAGUUUGUUACACAUGACACAGAAAAUUUGCCAUGCUCGCUUCCAAAGGGAAAACACCGCUAAAGAGUCGAGGUCUUGCAGGUGUGGCGAGACAAAUAGCUCUGUGUUUCAUUCUAUGCAUCACAAGUUUACAGUGAAACAGUUUUUUCUUGCGAUACACGACUUACCGCGUCACCCGGGUGGAGUUCGUGAACACCGUAUCAAAUGUAAAAGUGUUUGGGUCUGGAAGAUUGCAACUUGUCAUGCUAAAUCUGCAGCAUGCAAAAAUCUGUGUUGCGUGAUUACCAAAAGUCGUCCAGUUUUGACCAAUAUGGGAGGUAGUUUCUCAUGCAGGAUAGGCAUUAGAAAGGUCUCGCAGAAUCUGUCAUGCUAGGUCCUGCAUUCCAGACCUCAUGGGUCAUGGAAAAGCAGCAUGACAAAUCGCGCAUUCUUCCAGACCCAGACAUUUUUGCAAUCCAUACACCGUGAGUGGCAACAAUCUGCUGGUCCAGACCCGCCACACGGGCUUCUAUGGAUUGUAAAAAUGUCUGGGUCUGGGAGGUUGGAACUUGUAAUGCUAGCUUUCCAUACCUAGAAAAUCUGUAUUGCAUGACCAACAAAAGUCGCAGCCUCUUUUGUCAUGCAAAAACGCAGCUUCUCAUGCGGAUUGCCUAUGAGAAAGCGUUUUGGGAAGUUGUCAUGCCGGACUGCAUUCGGAAGUGUUUUCAUCAUGCACAUUUUAGCAUCACAAGUUUCCAGACCCAGACAUUUUUACAUUUGAUAGCUUCGACCAGGUGUCGACGGCGCACGGAAAAAUGAUCUACGACCAAGUCUCUACCGUUUCCGCUCGCAUCUACGGUUCCCUAGGCGUGGUCCGGGAGAAGAAGCGCCCGGUCAAGAUCACGGUUUCGCUCCGCGCCUUCUCCGGUACUGCAAGCUCGCGCGGGGCUGCGUCGACCCUGACAUCCCCGGGCGCGGUGUCGUUUUCCGGGAACGCGGAAAGCGCGCGACUGCGGCAGUCGGCACUGCUGUUCACGGAUCAGAAAAUAUCCGGCGACGCCGCCCUCGACCUGAAUCUGGACGACGCGGACCUCGCGGUUCUGGUGCCCAUGAUCUGCGGCACCUACGAGCUCGCCCCCGUGCUGCGGAACGGGUUCCCGUGGUACCGGAAGAGGCUUUCCAGCUUGAAAAUCGCGGACGUGUUUUUUAACACGACAAAACGCACGUGGCAUAUGAACGCGUCAGGAUUCAAAUCGUCAAAGUUGAAAUAGUUUCUCAUGCAUAAAAUGCAACCCACAGAAUGCCUGUCUUGCAGAGUAGGCAAGUGAAGCAGAUUGUAAGCCUGUUGAGGGGUAGAAACUGCGCUGCUACGACAAAAGACGUCUUCCUUACCCAAACAGCAUGACAAACUGGAUCUCGGUUCUACCCAAAUUUGUCAUGCGCCACUUCGAAACUGGGCCACAACUUUCAUCACUUUUAUGCAUUACAACUUUGUGGAUUUCAAUCCUGACACAUCCAUAUGGCAGCUGUGGCUGAAGACGCCGAUGAGGGACGGCGCAACGACGGAUGCGGCGUGGUACGAAACCAUGGACGGGGGGAGAGGAAUGCCAGUUAGUUCUACCAGCACAGGAGGCGCGACGAGGACUACUUCUCCAGGAGAACCCAUACAACCAGUGCCAGUGGCUAGUACAAUUGGUGCCGCGUUGGAAUCGAGUUCGAACUACGAGUAUGCCGACGUCGAAGACCUGUCCAGCAGUGGGGGCAACGAGGUCCAGGACGUGCUGCUCACGGAGUCGGAGGUACUUACCGGCGCGCACAGCCAGCCAACAACGCCCGAUCAGGCACAGUGGGACGUUUUGCAGGUGAAACUUACCGCGGACACGCGGAUCCUGGAGCGAGCGCUUAUCGAGUGCCGCAUGUACAACCUGCCCCUGGAACCUUGCCACGAGGAUGUAGUGCGGAACGCCGCGGACAGCGGCAGCUUCUGCUUUCUUUUCCAGGCUCCCGUCGGUUUUUUUCUCGCCGUAUUCAUUGCAAAUAUGUCUGGGUCUGGAAGGAUGCAACUUGUGGUGCUACCUUUGGACUCUACAUGAAAUCUGUAUUGCAUGAGCAGCAAAAAAGGCGCAAUUUGUGCUACAGAUCGAGGGCAUUUCUCAUGCGGUAUGAGCAUCAGAAAGCCCUCGCAGAAUCUUUGAUGCCAGGGCGUGCAUGACAGACCUCUUGGGUCAUGCAAAAUCAGCAUGACAAACUCCUGCAUUCUUCCAGAUCCAGACAUAUUUGCAUUUGAUACGCCGACGGGUAUCGGCACCGCGUGGUCUGCCGGGUCCGCGACGCCGAGUCGAUGGUGCUGGGCCGCCCCAACGAGGUGGUGGGCGCGGUGGUGGUGGCGCGCCCGAAAUUCCGCGUCACACCGGAUUUGGUGGAGAUGGGCACCGAAGUGGACGGGACGAUGGACAAGCUGUACCGGUUUCAAGGCAGUACGCCGGGGCUUACCGUCGUCUUCCACUUGCUCAGCGAAGAGCAGUGGGACACCAGGCGGUGGUAUGCAAAGAAAAACGUGUUACACUUAGUACUACACAAGUUGUGUUGCACGACGAGGUCACAACAAGCAAGACAGACCUCUGCAUAAUUGCAAGUUUUGGUUUUCGUCGUCGUAGUACAGGGAAAAAACACAGCACAUAGAGAGUUCGUGGCUCGCCUGAUAGUUUCCCUGCACUACCUCCAAACUAUCAAAGAAGCUCGUGCAACUGCUCGCGUUGUGUUUUUGAAAAAGGUACAACGAUUUGUGUGUAAGUGUAACAUUUGAAGCGCGUUUUUCUUAGGAUAGUUCGCUGGUGGGGCUGCCGCUGAAGCCGCGGACCAUCUACGCCGACCUGGGCGGAGAGCGUGCUCCAGGUAGAAAUGCAGCGGGCGGGAGUAUUUUUGACAAAAAUGGAGCCGCGUCCGAAAGGAGCGAUAGUGCUGGCACGUCGAAAGAUUCUGCGGCAGCUCGUGAGUCGUCCACCAGGAAAACGACGUGGACGCUGGCGGGGAAUUUAGGCGUAUCCGCCGCGAAUCAGUUCCGGGGUAGUCCGGGCACGACCUACGUCUUUUCCGCCGUGCCGCAUUCGGGGGAUUCCGUCGGGAACCCCGUUCGGUUCGUGUUGUCUGUGCCCUUUUCGAAUUCCCUGAUUCUUCGUUACUACGGCCUUUUGGUCAUUAUCGUGCAUAGCCUGCUGACGCUGUUUCUCAUGGCCGGGCCCGUCUACGCGUUUUCCAGGGGGGCGAGUUUGCGGGUCAGCUUCAACCGGCUGCGACGGGUGAUCGGCGCCAGUGGGCAAAUUGCGUUGACGGCAGUGGCGGUUUUGGGCAAGGGCGCGCUUUAUAUCCCAAAAAAAAGAGCACGCAGGGCAUAUUUGUAAAGCAAAAACAAAUACACAGAAGAAUCCGCAUUGCGCAUUUUCAACAGCAUCCUAUGCUGGGCUCCCUCAUGAUAGAUUUGUCUGUUAAUUUUUUCUGUCAUUACACUGCCUGCCCUUUUUCGUGGGAUACUGUACGGGUGGGUCCUGCACAUCUGGGCGACCGAGCAGAAGUCUCCCUACAUCUUCGUGUUUCUUGGAAUAGACGUGACUGCCGUUUUAUGCAAAAAAUAAAAAUGCUUGCAAAACAGUAUCGACGCGGUAGUAAAGAAAUUUUUGCAUUUUACAAAAGUAAAUUUUGUCACACGAUGAAAAAAUAGAAUUUGUGAUGCUGACUGAAAAACACCCAAGACAAGAGGUGGCAAUUAUGUACGGGAGAUUUAUUGUGAUAUGCAUAAAUUUCAAUCAAGUACUACCACGUCGGUACUAUCAGAUACAACUUUUGCGCAGCAUGCGUUUGUCUCUUCCUCGCGCGACGGGUGGUAGUUCAAAUGGCGCCGUCUAUCAAACGUAAAAAUGUCUGGGUCUGGAAAAGUACAGACUUGUCAUGCAUAUUUUCCAUGACCCAUGAGGGGUGGAAUGCGGGACCUAGCAUCACAGACUCUGCGAGGUCUCUGUCAUGCCUGUCUUGCGUGGGAAACUCCCUCCCAACUUGGUCGAAAGUAGACAGCUUUUGGCGCUCGUGCAACACAAAUUUUUGCAUGCUUCGAAUUUAGCAUGACAAGUCUACACUUUUCCAGACCCAGACAUAUUUGCAAUGCAUACCGUCCUUUUUCUCGCAAUCUGCCGCGGAGUCUAAGGUUGAAUCGGAGAUCCGCCGCAUUGUUGCAGUGGGAGCGCAGCAGGAGAUUAUGGAAUGCACAUAUGUCUGGGUCUGGGAGACUGCAAGAUUUGUCAUGCUAAUCUGGCAUGACUCUGAACUCUGUAUUGCGUGGCCGCAAAGAGCUCCGCCGGCCUGUCAUGCAAAGGCGCAGGUUCUCAUGCUGAGUACGCAACUCAGAACCACGGCAAAACUUGUCAUGCUGUGCAGCGCAUUGCAGUUUUUUCACUAUUCCUUUCCUUGCAUCACAAGUUUCCAGACCCAGACACAUUUGCAUUUGAUAGAGAUUUCCAGACUGCAAGCCCGGUUGCUGAACACCUACUUUCAAAUUGCCAACUGCCACGAGCAGGAAAACAGCUCCACGGUGAAGUUCCUCACCAAGGAGAUUGUGAAUCAGUUGCAGUACCUGCAGGCACACUGCCUGGAGACGCAACAAGAGCUGGCUCUGCGGUUGAAGGAGGUCCAAAAAGCGUACAGCACCACGUAUCCGCAGGAGUGGGCCCGGCUCCUGCAGAUUCCGAGCCGGUCCCUUGGCCAGGUCGCGCAGCCGAAUGGGGGCUGUGUCUGGUGGAAGCAGAGAACUGCGGGCAAUCUUCUGCCACCGCAAAAUGCAUCGGCCCCAAGUCGGCAGGGAACUGAGGACGCGGAAGUACCCUCCUCCUCGCCAGGGGCGGGACAGACACAGAAGAACCCGAGCACGGCACUACAGGCGAUGAAGUUCGUGAACUUUGAUACGACGGAAAUUUCCGAAUACCAGUCGGAUACGCGGCCGACGAAGUGGCAGCAGCAAAUACUGCAAUGAAAAAUGCCCCCACCCCCGACUUAGGAGCACUUGUAUUGCAAGUCUUUCCAAACGAAACAUUCGCCUUCUUGCAUCUAUCAGCAUCACAGGUUUCUUAUCGUGAAUAGCAAAAAUUUGUAUUGCAAAAGACUCCAGCAAGAACGGCGCUUGUCAUGCAGGCGAUGCGAUACACGCCUAGACUCUGCAUCAGAAAGAUUCAUACUCCUUUCAAGCAUGACAGAAAGUUUUCAUUUGGAAACUUCGCAUCACAAAUUUUUGCAAGUUUGGGGGUGGGGGCGUUUUUCACUGUAAUAGCAAACCGUGGCCGAUUUGGUGUCCGAGCUGGAGCUAUCGUAAGGAAAAAUCCCCCAUAUAUCGAAAAGUAGGCACACCGCAUAAAAUUUGCCAUGCUGAUUUGUGACCACAGAUCGCGGCCCCGGUCUUGCAAGAAGGCAACCCCGCAGGCCCCGCAGCAUUAUGUAGGCGGUUUGUGAUGCUAUUGGGCCUACAGCAUAGACGUUUUCCGUGCUAAGCACCUAGGCCAGCACCUCUCUGCUCCGGCUUGAUAUGAUGGGCCUGCAGUCAUGUCCUCUACUGCACUACAAAUUUGAUUUGUGUAUACGACUCCAGCAUCAGAAGCCUCGUUUUGAUAUGGGGAGGGGGGAUUUAUUUUCCUCUUGAUAGUCUCGGCGGGGGCUCGGAACCGUGGGUAGCAGUCGGCGGGACCGGCUGACCUUCUUCGUGUAUCAAAGUGAAAAAAGCCCCCACCCCAUAUCGGAAACGGAAGACGCGCGAAUUUGUGAUGCUGUAUUUGAGUACACAAAUCGACUUGUAUUGCUAGAAGGCCAAGAGACGAAGCUGCGGCCUAAAUUGCAGGCAGUCUGUCAUGCUGUUUCCCACUUCCAGUUGCCUCCUGUCAUCCUGGAGCUGCAAGGCUUUCCCACGCUAGGCAGCACUACAGUCCGCAUCUUUUGCCUUCCAGCAUCACAAAGCUGAUUCGUGACCACAAAUCUGCAUCACAGAUUUCCGUUUUGAUAUGGGGACGGGGCAUUUUUCAUUGUAAUAUCGUGGACCAGGCAUCCUGGGCCAAAGAUAAGUUCGCGAAAACGUUGCAGCGCUACGUCCGCUAUGCUGAGUAAAAACCUCCACCGCCCCCUCGCCUGCCAGUACAUAAACGCCCCAGAGUUCUUGUCAUGCAAAUCUGCAUGCCAAAAAAGUUUCUCAUGUGGAGCCCCAUGAGAAGCAUUUUCUAGUCGUGUUUUGGAGUUUGUGAUGCUAGAAUCAGCAUGAUAUGCUAGUAGACCUGUGACGCUGCUGAACUAGCGAAACAGGGUCAACACACUACGAGGGCAAAUUUGUCAUGCGAAACAGCGAAAGCUGGUUGAUUUGUCUAGCAGAUUUCCCAGCAUCUUGACUCUGGUCGUGUGGGCACAUUUUUACUCAGGAUAUCCGCGACUUCAAUUUCGUCGGCAACACGGAGGCGGAGCCGGCCACGGCACUCGGACUGCACGCGGCAGCCAUUUACGCCCGUUGGAACGGCGAAAACCCCGACGCCCCGCUGGCCGACACGCCCUUCGACGCAAGGGCGCAGCUUCUCCGCGGGUCAAAACCAGAGCUGAGUGUGGAGAGGCUGCUCGCGAAUUCUGGCGCGAAGGAGUUUCUGGAAGCGGGGAGCCUGUGCGCCCUUCAUAUCAAAUGCAAAUAUGUCUGGGUCUUGAAGCAUGCAUGUUUGUCAUGCUUGUCUGGCAUGACACUCAAAUCUGUCAUGCACGUAUACCCAAGAGCGCCACUUUUCUGUCAUGCAGAAACGCAGUUUGUCAUGCACAAUGGGCAACGGAACACCUAGAAGGUCAGAAACUUGUCAUGCUGAGCCAGCACUUGUGGCCUCCUCAUGAUACGCCGCCCAGCAUCACAAUUUUCCAGACCCAGACAUAUUUGCAAUGUAUACUUCACAUCGGGGAACUCAAGGAGCUUUUUGCCUCGGACUUGAAGUGUCAGCGGAUUGAAAAGCAGCUGUUAUCUAUCGAACAAAAAAAGUUCAUCGGGCCGAUCACUCAUGCGCAUUUUUGCAAUAGUACAAAACUUUCUGUCAACAUGCGUGAAAAUGCAUCACAGCCAAAUUUCAACAUAAGGGAGUUGCCCAGUGUUCCUGCAAUACAAGGAAAAGCUGCGAUGGUAAAAAAAAGUGUAAUGCAAGACCUGCAAGUUUUUACUGACUGUGACAAACUUUUUUCUCUCCAUAUUAUCUACGGGUAGUACUAGAGGUCGGGCAACUGGCGAACAGCAAAACGCUGGACCACGACUGGCUCAACAGCAGCACACGGAAAACUAUGUAACCGAUGUGCUGCGGGCGCGCAUCAUUUUCGUUUCCCCCAUAUCUCACAGAAAAAAGUAGGCAGAGAUGGGCGUAUAAUCUGUAACUCAUCAAAAAUAGAUCGAUACUUACACAAGGCGUAAUCUGCGAAACAGCACGUUCUGGGCGGCUCGCCCAUGGCAGAUUAUUUUUCUGUUAAUUUACUUUGACUUUCGCAUUACAGAUUUGCUUUUGCCCUGCCGGUCCUUUUCUGUGGGAUGCCUGACCGCACUGCUGGUAUUUUUCUGGUACAUGGUCUACGGGCAGGAGGAGCUAGUCGUUGUGGGCAUACAUAACAAGUUUCAGGAAACCGAGGACAGUAUCAACUGCAAAUAUGUAGUUUAGCCGUGGUCAGUCUGUCUGGAAGAACUUUGUAUACGGUGAUAUUACUUGCUGCCAGAGCGACCGCUUGCACAACGGGAUGACAGGAUCAGAAGUUAUUUUGCAUUGAUUCGCAAUCGACGUACUAAAGGGCAUGACAAACCAUUGCCACGCAGCACGAAAAAAAGGUAGUCACUCGUCCUAUCCCUGGCGUGCAUCACAGAUCUUGUUCUCCUUCACAUUUCGCAUCACGAAUCCAGAUGAUGAUGAAGUAAACAUGUUUGCAAUGCAUAGACAGCAACGAAACCCCGGCCUCUGCGGCGGACAGCAGUGGGCAGCAGCAAGCGAUCACCAUCCCCGAUUUAUCCUGAGUAAAAACAUGAUCCCCGUCCCAUAGUUGUCAUGCAGAAUUGCCAACAGGAACGUUUGUAAUGUGCAUCUUCAUGAUAGGCAUUUCAAAGCGUGUUUUGGUAUUUGUAAUGCUGCGAACAGGAUAAGCAGAUGGAUUUGUGAUGCGGCUGCUCGCACUAACCUGCACUACACUACAACAGAGAGAAGCUUGGCAUGCGUGAUGCCAUCCCCGCAGUAGCAGAGUCUGUUUAUGUCAUGCGUGAUUCCCAAAGCUUCUGGAUUUGUAUUGCGAACGUCUCAGAAGCUUGACUAUGGGUUGGGUACGUUUUCACAUAGGAUGCGACUUGGUGCUGCAGGUGCAGUUCGUGAUGCCAAAUUUCGGGACGGCCGAGAACCUCGAGUUUGUGGCGGAAAUCAGCCUCCGCCUCGAAGCCUACGCCCUGACGCGGGAUAUCGACUACGUGUUCCAAAAAAUCCAGCGGGCAACGUCCAUCACCAGCUUUUUGGAGCCCCUGUUUCCGGAUUUCGAUGCUUCGGUCUUGGAAAAGGUCAAGCAGGUUCGACGGGACGGUGGCCGGACCGGGCGGCGCGAGGCGUGA